AGGUAGUAAUGACUCUACCCCCGCCCGCGAGGCGAGCAGAACCGCCUCAAUCAGUCUAGAAGCCCGGGAGCAAACUCGAGCUGCAGCAGUGCGCCGAGCUCUGGCUGCGGGUGGGCAAAAGCGUCCUGAGCAGCAGCUCCGGAGUUGGCUGCGGCGGCUGCGGCGGCUGGAGCCACAGCAAGAGCAAAAUAUAAUAGAAGCCAACAGCCUAGAGGGAGACUGGGGACCCGGUGGUACUCCUCUCCCGUAAACGCAUCCCUUCUGCCAUCGCCUCCAGCUCAGCUCCGCGCGCGGUUCUGCCAGGUUCUCGAAGCCGCUCGGAUUGCUAUGUAACCGCGAGACCGAGCGAGGCAGGGGCCUGGGGGAGAAGAAGGUUCGCCAGUGGGAUCCCCUAGGGGGCAAGUUUGCGGUCACUUGUGCGCUCGCUUCGCUCUCCACUCCCUCCCCCCAGCCCAUCCCCUACUCUCAGUCCUCGUCCAGUUUUUCCUGGAGCCCUGUUGGCCCGGGUGUCCUUCGCCUCGUCGCGUGCGCAGAAGUCCGAGUUCCUUGGCGAUCAUGGUGACGGUGGAGGAGCUGCGGGAGAUGGACUGCAGCGUGCUGAAAAGGCUGCUGAACCGGGACGAGAGCGGCGGUGGCUCCCUGGGGCUGCUGAGCGGAGGCAAGUGCCUGCUGCUGGACUGCAGACCUUUCCUGGCGCACAGCGCCGGCUCCAUCCGAGGCUCGGUCAACGUGCGCUGCAACACCAUCGUGCGGCGGCGGGCCAAGGGCUCGGUGAGUCUGGAGCAGAUCCUGCCGGCCGAGGAGGAGGUGCGCGCCCGCCUGCGCUCCGGCCUCUACUCGGCCGUCAUCGUCUAUGACGAGCGCAGUCUGCGAGCCGACAGCCUCCGCGAGGACAGCACCGUGUCGCUGGUGGUGCAAGCGCUGCGCCGCAAUGCCGAGCGCACCGACAUCUGCCUGCUCAAAGGUGGCUAUGAGAGGUUUUCCUCUGAGUACCCAGAAUUCUGUUCCAAAACCAAGGCCCUGGCAGCCAUCCCUGCUGUCAUGCCUCCCAGUACUACAGAGCCCCUGGAUCUGGGUUGCAGCUCCUGUGGGACCCCACUGCAUGACCAGGGAGGUCCUGUGGAGAUUCUUCCCUUCCUGUACCUCGGCAGUGCCUAUCAUGCUGCCCGGAGAGACAUGCUGGACACCUUGGGGAUCACGGCCUUGUUGAAUGUCUCCUCGGAUUGCCCAAACCACUUUGAAGGACACUACCAGUACAAGUGCAUCCCAGUGGAAGAUAACCACAAGGCCGACAUCAGCUCCUGGUUCAUGGAAGCCAUUGAGUAUAUCGAUGCGGUGAAGGAAUGCCGUGGUCGCGUGCUGGUGCACUGCCAGGCGGGCAUCUCACGUUCGGCCACCAUAUGCCUGGCCUACCUGAUGAUGAAGAAGCGGGUGCGGCUGGAGGAGGCCUUCGAGUUCGUCAAGCAGCGGCGGAGCAUCAUCUCGCCCAACUUCAGCUUCAUGGGGCAGCUGCUGCAGUUUGAGUCGCAGGUGCUGGCCACCUCAUGCGCAGUGGAGGCAGCCAGCCCGUCAGGGCCCCUGCGGGAGCGGGGCAAGACUACCCCUACGCCCACCUCGCAGUUUGUCUUCAGCUUCCCCGUCUCCGUGGGUGUGCACGCCACCCCCAGCAGCCUGCCCUAUUUGCACAGCCCCAUCACCACCUCCCCCAGCUGCUAGAGCUGCUCUCAAACCCCCACAAUGCGGAGCGGCUCUUAGCACAGUCCACCGAGGCUGUGUGUGGGCAGCAAGUCUGGACGCUACCAGGCAACCAAGCUCCUUACCCGUCCAUCUCUCCUUGGCCAGCAGUGGGCCAGCUAGAAUGGCAAUAAGGACUCUGAACACACACUCAAAGCAAACACAACAAAACACUCCAACUUAGAGCAAUAACAGCUGCCUUAGCAGGCAGAGAAGACCUUGGUUUGGUUUGCGUGUUCGUCUCACUUUUCAGAUAGGAAUUUCUUACCUCAUUUUUUUUUAAGCAGUAAGGCUUGACGUUAGGAAACCACAGAUCCUGGCAAAUGUGCCCACCCAGUUUUAAGAGGGGAAAGAAGGUGGAGGGAAGAGAAGAAACCAGAAGUGCCUGGUUCUGUGUGCUUGUUCCUUUUGUUGUAGUUACAGGGAGAAACCCCCGCCCCCCAAAAAAAAAAACAACUUUUAGGACUUUUUUUUUCUAAGUCACCAACAGGUGAAUAAUUAUGCUUAAUAAUAAAUAAAGGUAUUUAUUGAGUAUUUCCUCAGAGUAUGUAAGUAGCAGGAGUCUAGUGGCAGUGAGUUUAGAAUAUAUUUAUGUUAAUGUGGACAGGGGAGCACAGCAGCAUGCAAAUGUCAAAGUGUUUAGGAAGUGAAUGGUGUCAGGUAGAUGUGGACAAUUAGCAUGUUGACCACCCUGCUUUUGUUGCCACUGAGAAAGCAGGCAGGUUGGGUGGGGGGAGGCAAACAGAAAGGACUACUUUUUAAUUACUUUGAAAGCUGGUUCCUGGCACUCUGAUCACUGAAGCGACUUUAAACCACAACAACACCUUUUCUCUCUGAUGAAGGGUCAUGCAGUGUGGCGGGAAUAUUUUUCUCAAGGACCUGGAUGUGAACUUGUAGAUCAUCUCUGAUCAAUGCCAUAACAUGUAAGGUGCUCCUGAAAAAUUGGGUGCAAUUCUGAUUUCCCUGCAGCCAAUCACUUGGCAAGAUGAUCAGGGAGACCAGCUCACUGGAGAGAGACUUCAAAUGAAUCCGUGUGUAAGUGGAGGCACCACCAUGACUCAUUUGUGCAAGGCAGAGUUGUCCAUCUGGAGCAGUCUUCUUGAAAUGAACGACACCAACAAAGUCUUGCAUUUUUGACAUUCCUGGUUUAGGUGGACAUUUCCAAAGAUUCUCUGGAGUAGAAAGGAGGGGCUCCUCACAUUCCAGGUCUUGUUGAAGUCUAGCAGGAGUGAGUUGUUGGACUGAUUCUUUGCUGGGGACUGGCUGCUCAACUCCCAUGUUGGGGUUUGCCCGUACUCUAGUGCCAAACAUGCAAAUGUAAAGGGUCAUUUGUGGGGAAAAUGUCAUUUUAGAGGAACUUUCCAAAUGGAGAGAUGGCUUUUGGAGGGAGAAAGAUUUUUUUCCACUGACUGGGCUUGGGGGUGGGAAGGUAGGAGGGAACAGAUUACAUGUUAUUUCAUUUGUGGUGUUGUGGAAUGGUGUUAUGGAGUUCCAGAUUAGAGGGAAUUGUGAACUUGUCUAAAAAAAAAAAUUUUUUUUUUUUUUUGUCCCUUGUGAGUCUAGCUCUAAAUGAGCAUUUUUGCUGCUCACCUAUAACUUCCAGCCUCAAUGUCAGAAUAGCAAUAGCGUUGGGAUGCUCUUUUUCAUUCUGGCAGCCAGACAAUGAGCACCAGGUUCUCUACAUUUCCUUCCACAGACAGGAGUGUGCUGGACACCAUUUGUCUUGCCUUUGUCAAGCUCUGCCUUUGGGCGAGGCCAAGAGUUCUUGCUUCCUGUUUCUUUAGAAAGUCUGCUUUUUUUCCCCUGAGCUGCUUGGCUGGGUAGCUCUGGGUGAGGCCUGGAGAGAUGAGGUUCCUACAAUGGACUUGUUGAGAGCCAGCACGGUUGGACAUCUCCACUUGCUUUUUGAUUCCUGGAAUUUGCUUCAUGUUUGAUGAUGAAUGAGGUCAAGUGGGUUCUGUAACUAAAAAAGCUAUGGGUUCCAAUGAUAGAUCAGCACGGGAAGAGGGACUGGUCAUGGGGAGGAGGGGGGGUAGCCGGGACUAGAUUUGCUUUCUAUAGACUGAGUGUACAUUUGCCAAGACUUAUGUAUCCUGCUUCCUCAGAUCACAUGGACAGUUGGGGCUCAGGACCAACUCCAAACAUGUCUUCCCCCUGCUUUCCAACUUAAGUCUUCUAUCUCUGUGUCAAACAGCUACUUAUUAAAGCUUUUUUUUUUUUUCCCCCCAGUGUAUAUUCCUUAACCAUAAAAAUUCCCAAGCUCUUAGAAGUCAAAUAGGAAAUUGACAUAUCUGGGAAAAGGGGUUUUUUGGUCAGCAUCCAGAAGCCUCUAAUGAUUUGGAAGAACUGGAGUGAAGCUAUCAUGGUGGCCAAUGAGUUCCCAUAGGAUCCCUCCCACUGUUGUUCAAGUACAGAAACAGCCAGAAGGCAUUGCCAUGACACUGGUUAUCAGCUGUGUUGGCUACAAGGCAGUUGGCUUACUGGGUCUUCCAGAGGGGCAGAGGCUUUGUGAUUUGUGCUGUUUGGAGCACUGAGGACCCCAGCUAUGUUGACCUAAACUGUCAUAAGCAACAGAUGACAGGUGGCUGUUGUGCUCAGCUGUUGUUUCCUGCUGGAGGGCAGAAGGUUUUCAACAAAGUUGGGAAGCCAUGAAAAAAAAAUUUUUUUUUUUAAUCUUUAGGGAAGUAGGAGCCUGGUUAAAAUGUGAGGGGGAGAAGGAGCUGUUAGGAGUGAGAAUUGGCCACCAAACCCAUACGUAUUCAAUUGACGGUUCACCUUGUCUGCCCUUUUGCACCAUCUGGGGAGCUGUUAAAAGCCUGACUUCAGGUGAACCCAAACCUUAUUAAACCAGGGUUUCUGGAGGGUGAAAUCAGGCAUCAGUGUAUUUUUAAGUUAUAUAGAUGAUUUCCAUGUGCAACCAAGAUUUAGGAGACUACCUUGUUCUCUAGAUAGUGGGGUGAAGUUGAAGGGUAGGGCUUGACACCACCAAACUAGAUUUUCUCAUAAAAUCCCCAGCUGGGGAGGUGUGUGUGUGUGUGUGUGUGUAGACAGAUGGUGGUGCACAAAUGCACAUAUUGCAGUGCACAAGGACCCAGUUUCAACUUCCUGGUCCCUACCUGCAGUGGGGAAGCUUCAUGAGUGGUGAAGUAGUGCUGCAGAUGUCUAUCCCCCUCCCCUCAAUUUCUAUCCAAUUUAAUAAUAAUAAUAAAAAACAGCUGGGUGUUUGUCACAGGCUCUGCCUAGUCUCUGCCAGAGCUCAGCUCUUGGAAGUUCAGGGAGCAUGUGACCUAGAUGGCAUCCUUUCCUACUCCUUGAGAGUCAGCUGUCAUGUGGAGCAUUGUUCUAAAAAAAAGGGGGGGGGGCAAUGUCUGGAUGUAAAUGUCUUUCUUUCCUUGUCAAGAAAAGAGGGAGAGUGUCACCUGCUAAGAUGUAUACUCUUCCCCCCCCUCACAGCACCCCAUUCUUCCUUAGAGUGUAUGAGUUAUAUGAGGAAGAGGCCUCAUCAAGAUAGAGCAAUGCAAUACUUGUAACUUCUGUACAUAGCCCCAUCUUUAGAGUAAUGCCAUUUCUACAUUUGAUAUGCUUGUAUUUCUGUAGGAUGUAUAUAGUUUAGGGGAUUGUUAUUUUAUUUUUUUUUUAGAAAAGUCAACAUGUUUUUAUUUAUUGCUUGGAAGAGAACAUUUGAAGAAGAAAUAAAUACAUUUUCAACCA